UGAUGCAGGAUAGGGACACGAGAUGGCAGUAAUGCAACACUAGUAUGCCAACUGCCGUAAUUCACUAGAGAAGAAGAAGGAGGAGGCGAAGCAAUAUGGCGGUACUAGUUACUGCAGGUCGUCUCUGUCAUCUGGCAGGACGGACCGUCACCUCCCUGUCAGCCAGAUCCAGGCGAGCUGUCAGUCUGCCAGCGACGAGAUGCUACAUAUUCACUUCUACACGGACCAAUCUGCAGUUCAGGCUCGAUGAGCAAACGGCUCACAGUAGUUUGGACCUCUUCAAGAAAGACACUGGCGUCAUCUACCGCAUGCUGGGCCUGGACCCCACCCACGUGCAAGACAACCCCGAGCGUUUCCGAGACUGGGCCGUCGUAUUUGCCGAUGAGAAGAUAAGCAGUGGACGACACUAUUGGGAGGUGACGGUCAAAAAGUCUCAAGAAUUUCGUCUGGGUGUGGCCGAAGCGCUGAUGUCCCGAGACGACUGUGUGGGCACCAACAGCUCCUCCUGGGUGUUCGGAUACGCUCAGCGCAAGUGGUUUGCCAUGACCGGCAAUAAGGUAGUUCCCGUGAUGCUGGUGGGUAAGCCGGACCGCGUAGGCAUCCUUCUUGACUAUGAAGCAGGUUUCCUGGGGUUGGUGGACAUCGAGAAGCCCAGGAUCAUUCACACCAUCGGUGCUCAGUUCAAAGCUCCCCUCUGCCCUGCGUUUGGACUUUGGGAUGGGGAGCUGCUCACACACUCUGAUCUGGAGGAACCUGAAGGCCUGAAGCAGGAGGAACUGUGAUGGUGGUGACAGGCAGCGGUCCGUCAUAGUACCAUGGCAGAAAUGAUCAAAGUAUUAUUUUAAAGGAUAAUUCUGGUUUAUUUCAACUUGACAUAUAUCCCAUAAGUGUAACUAUUAUGGGUCUGAGGUUUGUGCUGACUUGACCCUCACCACCUCCGCUGUAGAGAUUUGCAUGAGGCCUCGUUUCCCUGAAUCUCUGCAAUGGGAUGUGGCGAGUGUAAAGUUGGCACCAUAUAGACGGGUUUCUCGUUUACAAACAUUCAAGGGUGCAUGUGCCGCAUUGAGGUCGUUAACACAUUUCCAAUGAGAGCUUGUAUGUGGACAUUUUCACUAUUUAAUAAAGCAGCUUUGGACAUCUUUACUAUUGAGAGAUGAAUGUGUAUGCAGUUUUAUAUGCACAUCCUUGCAUUGCAUACAAGUCGUCUUUGAUACACAAAGAAAAGUGAGAAAAGGCAGCUAGCAGCAGUUAAUGCUAAAUUAGGAUAUACACAACGCUAGCUCCACAGGUAGAGAGAAAUGACCGAUGUAUUAAGUGACAGCAGGGGUUAAGCUUAAAAGUGCAUUAGCAUGAAAAAGUAACACUGUCAUGCUGUUAGCUAGCCACACAUCUGGAAUGCACUGGUGUGUAUAUGUAACAUUAGCAUGCAUGAUAAGCCAUGUCUUUACCCUAAACACUGGGCAUCUGCCAGAUGUGCUGCUGGAAAAACUCACUGAUCUACAGGCACAUCAAGAUAAAAGACUGUAUGCCUGUUUUUUUGUUUUGUUUUUUUUUUUCUGUGGAAAAUUAUU